CUAGGACACGUGUCAGUGUGCGUGGCUUUUGGUCAUGUGUUUAAUGUUGUCAUUGAAUUUAACGAGUAUAUAAGAGAAGCUGAGAUGUACAGGCAAUCAUACACUGAGCUGAAACCAGGAAACAGUACAAUGAAGGUCAUCCUGCUUUUUGCACUGUUUGGUCUAAGCUUCUGUCAAGAUGGCGCAUGUAAAAACAAAGUUUCUAACCCAGAAGGUGGAAAUUGUCUUGCACUAGCACUAAAGGAGACUUCAGAAUUAGGCCCUGCUCUUGCCAAAUUAGCUUGUGAAUACUAUAAGGAGGAGAAAAACAAAGAAAAUCUAGAAGCUGCAUUCAAAGAAGUUGGCGAUGUACUGGAGUGUGUAGGCUGCAAACUUGUUGACAUUACCAAUAAUCCUGCUUUGACUAAAUUAUUAACUGGGGUUGGAGAUGCUGCAGGCGAUGCCACUGAGGGCGUGAGAGAGCUUCUGGAUUCACUGAAACUAUCUGAACCCGUGUUUAAGGCUGUUUGUGCAGUGGGAGGGAAACUUUUAGCAUCAGAAUGCCUGAGGAAUGCCCUUGCGAAUAAUGCUGCGGGUGCAGUAACGGGUCUGAAAAACCUUUAUUGUCAGUUAAAUAAAGAUGGUGCAACUGAUGCUGCUGCUAAUGUAGAAGAAUUAGUGAAACGUGUUCCAUGCAUCUUGGGGGAACUUGGACUGUCAGAUUCUGUUGAACUGGGAAAAACACUGGACGUUCUUGGUCCGAAUACUCUUCGGGAUCUGCUUGCAAAGAUACUUGAACUUACUGGGAAUGAUGUGGCUGGCGAUCUACUUUGUUCUGUGGUCGGUAAAUGAACUUAGGCUGGAAACUACUUCCUGAAUUAUUAUCAUGUGGUGCAUUCUGAACUUCGAACGUAGCAAAUAGGACAGCAUGAAUAAAAAAUACCAAAAAAAUAUAAAAUCAAAUCAAUGAUUUUUUUUCUGAUUUUCUUACAUUUCCUUUCUUACAUUUCCAUGUGCCACAAAACUCUUAACUCUAACUUUAUUCUCUAAUCAAUAAACUUUAUUCAAAUCAA